UGGAGGACUACAACCAGCCAGCAACUCCGGUCCAGGUAGUAAUUUCCAACCAGAUUCUAAUGGUAGAAGUUCACACAGUUCUGAAACUCACAUGGACAACAGUGGUGAUUGGAAUGAGACCAGAGAAUUCAGUUCAGAUUUGAACUGUUUGGAAAACAAGAAUGUCUCCGUUAGUCCCAGCAUUUGCAACAUUGCUCAGGAUAAACAUAAUUACUCUGGAUAUGGAAAACUAUGUAGUCGCAUGCACUGUUCAGAGCUAUCCAAGGGAAGGCAAGCAAGUGAGAAACUAUUUAGUUAUCCUAUCUGGGGUAAAAAGUGGAGACAAAAGAGCACUCGGAACAGACAAAUGAGAAUUUAUACAGGAGAGAAACCAUUUAUCUGUUCUGAGUGUGGUAAAAGAUUUGUACACAAGGGCAAUCUUAACGCACACAUGAGAAUUCAUACGGGAGAGAAACCAUUCAAGUGUUCUGAGUGUUGUAAAACCUUUGGAAUCAAGGGAAGUCUGAGCGUACACAUGCGAAUUCAUACAGGAGAGAAGCCAUUUAUUUGUUCUGAGUGUGGCAAAAGAUUUGGACAAAGGGGCAGUCUCUUGGGACACAUGAGAAUUCACGCAGGACAGAAACCAUUUAAGUGUUAUAAGUGUGGUAAAAGAUUUGUACACAAGAGUAAUUUUAACAGACACAUGAGAAUUCAUACAGGAGAGAAACCUUUCCGGUGUUCUGAGUGUUGUAAAACAUUUGGACACAAGGGAAGUCUGAGCGUACACAUGCGAAUUCAUACAGGAGAGAAACCAUUUAUUUGUUCUGAGUGUGGCAAAAGAUUUGGACAAAGGGGUGGUCUGAUCGGACACAUGAGAAUUCACACAGGACAGAAACCAUUUAGCUGUAAUGAGUGUGGUAAAAGAUUUGUACACAAGAGCAGUCUUAACAUGCACAUGAGAAUUCAUACACGAAACAAACCAUUCAGGUGUUCUGAGUGUUGUAAAACAUUUGGACACAAAUUAACUCUGAGGGUACACAUGCGAGUUCAUACAGGAGAGAAACCAUUUAUCUGUUCUGAGUGUGGCAAAAGAUUUGGACAAAAGAGCACUCUGACUGGACACAUGAGAACUCAUACAGGACAGAAACCAUUUCAGUGUUCUUAUUGUGGUAAAAGAUUUGGACAAAAGGGCUGUCUGAUUGCACACAUGGGAAUUCACACAGGGCAGAAACUGUUCAGUUGUUCUGAGUGUGGUAAGAGUUUUGGACAAAAGGGCGAUCUGAAUAGACACAUGAGAAUUCACUCAGGACAGAAACCAUUUGUCUGUUCAGAGUGUGGUAAAACAUUUGUCCAAAAUGGCACUCUAACCAGACACAUGUUAACUCAUACAGGACAAAAACCAUUUUCGUGUUCUGAUUGUGGUAAGAGAUUUGGACAAAAGGGUGCUCUGAACAUACACAUGAGAAUUCAUACAGGAGAGAAACCAUUUGUCUGUUCUGAGUGUAGCAAAAGAUUUGGUCAAAAGGGCAGUCUGACCAGACACAUGAGAAUUCAUGAAGCUAAGUCAUUGUAAAUUGGUCCAUUGGGGAG